AUCAGCAAAUGGAGACAGCAAAGAACCUCACAAUGAUGACGAUCACAUUCUUAGCCCUGGUGGCGUUUCUUUUGCCAGCCGCCACCACCACCACCGCGCUCGUGCCCUACACGCGCUCCCCGAUCUGGGACUUGAUGAUGUUCCCGCCGGAGGACCCCUUCAAGAUCCUCGAGCACUCCCCCCUGGCCGCCCUCUCCAGAGACGACGACGGCGCCGCCGUGGCACUGGCGCGGGCGGACUGGAGGGAGACGCCGGCGGCGCACGAGAUAUCCCUCGACAUUCCCGGGAUGAAGAGGGAGGACGUGAAGAUCGAGGUGGUGGAGGAGGAGGGCCGCGUGCUGAGGGUGAGCGGCGAGCGGAGGACGGAGGAGGAAGUGAAGGACGAGCGGUGGCACAGGGUGGAGCGGACCGCCGGGAAGUUCUGGCGGCAGUUCAGGAUGCCGGCGAAUGCUGACGUGGAGAAGGUGAGUGCUCGCCUUGAAGACGGUGUGCUCAGGAUCACCGUGCCCAAAUUGGCCGGCGAUAAACUGAGGAAGGAGGCCAAAGUGAUUGACAUUGUUGCUGAUGAUGAUCAGAAGAAGAGCACUAAUUCAGGGGAGGGUGUCGUCAGAACCACCAAGCAAGAGCUGUAGAACCACCACCUCCGCCGCCACUACCGAUAGCAAGAGAUUGUAAUAUUAUGCGUGUUGUUUGCAAAUUUUUGUGUUUCUCUUCUUCACUCUUGUAUUAUUAAUAUGAUUAAAUAAAAUGAUAUAUUCAUGAUUAAUUAAAAUACUAAUGCACGUUAUGGUAGAA